AUGCGUCGUGCGGCUUCCUUUUCCUUCCCCGCUGGGGUGACUACGAGCAUUGCUACUACUACUGCUGCGACUGUGGCUGCUCGUUACUGUAGUGCUGCGGCCUCCGCGUCGGCUGCCCCAUCAACUCCACCUUCUCAGGGUUCUCCUCGACAAACACUUAUUCGCAACAUGCGGCCACGGGAGCUGAUGCGAGAGUUGGAUAAUUUUAUUAUUGGACAAACUGAUGCGAAAAAGGCAGUGGCGGUGGCAUUGCGUAAUCGGUGGCGGCGUCACCAGGUGGAUCCGGAAAUACGUGAGGAGAUUGCCCCCAAGAAUAUUUUGAUGAUAGGACCCACUGGUGUUGGCAAGACAGAAAUCGCACGACGUUUGGCGAAACUUGUAGAUGCACCUUUUGUGAAGGUGGAGGCAACAAAGUUCACUGAGGUUGGUUUUCACGGGCGGGAUGUGGAGAGUAUUAUUGAAGAUCUGUAUAAAGCCUCACUCUCUCAGACGAAGAACAACAUCAUGCGACAGCACGAGGAGGCUGCACGGCAGAAGGCGGAAGAUCGUAUUUUAAAGGCACUUGCAGGAGUCUCUGACGGCUUCCGCGAGCAUCUCCGCAGUGGCGCUCUGGACGAUAUUGAGGUGAUGGUGGAGUUGCAGGAGAAGAAGGAGAAGCCGCGUUCGGCAGCCGGUGGCGAGGGUCUCUUCAUCUCACUUGACGUCUCUGGCACACUUGGCGGGCAGCGGCCGCAAACGGUGAAGAAAGUACUGAAGAUUAAAGACGCCCUGCCGGCGGUACUGCAGGAGGAGAUUGAAAAAAUGGUAGAAACGGAAGACGUCUCAGCGGAGGCGCUGCGGGCGUGUGAGGAGGAUGGUAUUGUCGUGAUUGAUGAGAUUGACAAAAUUGUGACAGCAGCGGGGGGAUAUAAAGGGCAUCAGGCCUCUGCAGAGGGAGUGCAGCAGGAUUUGCUUCCACUUGUGGAGGGUACUACAGUUUCGACGAAGUUUAAUGUUCAAAUCAAGACAGACAAGAUUUUAUUUAUUUGCAGCGGUGCCUUUCACAGUGUAAAACCAUCUGAUAUGUUGGCAGAAUUACAGGGACGUCUUCCUAUUCGCGUAGAACUUAAACCACUCACUACAGAGGAUUUUCACCGCAUCAUCACAGAGCCAAAGUACAAUCUUAUCAAGCAACAUAUAGCGAUGAUGGAAACGGAGGGAGUUAAACUUGUUUUUACAGACGAUGCAUUGUGGGAAAUUGCUUCUAUUGCCGCCCACAUUAACUCCACCGUACAGAACAUUGGCGCUCGCCGCCUUAUCACUAUCACAGAGAAGGUGGUUGAGGAAGUCAGCUUUGACGGUCCAGAUAGAAAGGGAGAAACAUUUGUCAUUGACGCAGCGUAUGUGAAAAAAGCUGUAGAAGGCAUGGUGAAGAAAGUGGAUAUCAAGAAGUUCAUCUUGUAG